UAAAAUUUAGUUUUAAGUAUAAAAUAAGAACCCUUUGAUAAAUGUUAUCAAUGAGAUGUCUAUUCAAUCUCAGUGAAAGUGUAUAAUGGUUUGUAGACAAAUAUGUGACGUAAUAAGAUAAGAAGUAUUGGUGAACACUGGUGAAGUGAAAGUGUUUUGUUAGUGAUCACAACAACGUGGUUAUACGCGAACGUGUUCAAGCGCGCAUGAUUAAAAAAUAAAGCCAGACGAUACGCGCGUAAUUUAAAAAAAAAACAGAGCUGUAAGCAAGGAAGAAAACGCAGCCGUGUCGAGUUUUCGUUGGGGUUGAAGGCUGUAUAUCAUUAUAUUGUGUGAGGCUAUCCGCCCCCGGGUUUGGGCCAAUGACGCCACGGGCGACGCCCCCGCGCGGCAAACCGCCGCACUUCUGUCUGGCAGUUUUGCUCCUGAUACUAAAUGCCGAACUGAUAACGGGCCGUCGGCCAGAGCCGUACUUCGGGCGUUUAAUUGGCCGACUGUCUAUGUACGCCCAUGGUAUACGCGGAACGGUGUACGCGGUAGAUGAGAGCACGGUGUUCGUACGCGGUUUCGCUUACGAUGGCACCGGCCCGGAUGCUUACUUCUGGGUAGGAGAUACGCCACAGCCUUCACCUGAAGGAACUUUGGUACCCUACCCCGAGGAUUAUAAUUCAAGAGAUCCACCAAUAUUGAAGGCACAUACUAACUCAGACAUAUUGCUGCGGUUGCCUGGUGGAAAGCGGCUCAGGGAUAUCAAAUGGAUAAGCGUCUGGUGUAGAAGAUUUACGGUGAACUUUGGCGAUGUGUUCAUACCAGUUGGCCUAGAUCCGCCUCGGCCUCGUGUUUUACCAGAGUUCAAACGGCUCGCUCAUGGACUGCGUUCUGGAAACAUCAGUGUGCUGGACGCGAAGACUUUUUAUAUACCGAAUCUUCAUUAUGACGGAGCCGGACCUGAUGCUUAUUUCUGGGUUGGGAAUGGUUCAGAGCCGUCUCCUUUUGGAACAAAAGUGCCUAACGAAAUGGGUUCCUUACACCCGCUGCGAGGUUACCAAGGUGAGGACAUUGAGAUCCAACUGCCAGGCAAGUUGACAGCUUACGACAUCGACUGGCUGGCGGUCUGGUGUGUGGAGUACAGGCACAAUUUCGGACACGUAUAUAUACCUAAAGACCUGGAUGUGCCUCCUGCUUUAGGACAAACGAAGAUAACUACAAGUUCAACCACAUCUCAAACACCUUACAGUACGACAAAUAACUGUAAAGAAAUAUUAGACAAAAGAUUACAGGUCCGAUGGGAAAUACAGGGUGACCAAGUGCAAAUAACUUUAGCAGCUCGACUACGCAAGGAGCAAUACAUGUCAUUCGGCAUAUCAGGCGCGGAGGGCAAACCGGCUAUGUUGGGGGCUGAUGUCGUUGUUGCGUAUUGGGACAGCAGGUUCGACCAACCAAAAGUAGCAGACUACUCGAUCACGCAUCUGGCGCAGUGUGACGGCACGCGAGGCGUGUGCCCCGACAGCCGACUUGGUGGCUCCGACGACGUUAUCCUAGUGAACGGUAAACAGAAUGGAGGUGUCACAACAAUAACAUACCGGCGACCACUCGCUGCCAAGGAGUCGUCGAGAGACAAGGAGAUUUUUACCUCGAGGUCCCAGUCCGUUAUAGCGGCUUUCGGUCCACUCAACUCUAGAUACGAAGCGAAUGCUCACUCUUUUAUGGACACCACCCGGGCUGAUGUACAAUUGGACUUUGGUACUCAAAAUGAUAAUACGUGCGUCGGCCUAGCAGAGCUAGAUGUUAAUGGUCCAGAACCCUGGCCAACAAGGAUCAUAUCCGGAGCUACUAACCUCACCGUCCGUAUAGGGCCGGCUGGCGGCCUCCGAGGGUACACACCUAUCACUGACAAUGACAUCUCAAAUGGAUUUCUGCCAUAUGGCCAUCCAUCAUGGGGUAUAGCAUGGUACAUCAAUGAUCAACUUAUACCUGAAGUGUACGUUGAACGAGGCAAGACUUACACUUUCUUCGUAGAAGGUGGAGAUGACAGGACAAACCCAGCUAAGUACCACCCAUUCUACAUCAGCGACUCCUCCGAAGGGGGAUUUGGACAAAAGAAGGAAGAAGACCAAAGGAAACAACGCGUAUUCGCCGGCGUCGCUUACGAUAACGAAGGAUACCCAUAUCCUACUGCCGUGGGUCGUUACUGUGAGUGGACUCACAAGACCACUGACCAAGCAGCCAUGACUGAGACAUUUGAAGACUAUAUGAAAACACUACAGCUGGAGUGCAACUCUGGCGAUCCGGCAGUAUUAAACUGGACGGUCGCACACGAGACACCAGAUCUCGUGUAUUACCAAUGUUACACCCACAACAAUUUGGGUUGGAAGAUCCACGUAGUUGACCCUGGUACUCCGGUACCUACGCCUGGCAGUCGGUCCCUCAAUUCAGCCUCCACUCUUAAAGGCCUUACAUCUUUGGGUAUGCUGGCGUUACUCGCCGUGAGGUAAGGUAUCGAGCUUGAAGCGUAGUAAGUCGACGUGUUAAAGGACAAUCACAUUUCUGCUCAAUAUCGUACACCCCAGUGGAAUAUUGAAUAAGAUGAUAUUUCUAGCAGGUGACUUGAGUAUUGACCAAUGACGGGCAGGUAUUUUGUGUAAUUUAUACAUGGUGUUCAACGCUCAAGUUAUGUGCUUCACCUUGUUAACAUUCUAUAUUUAUGUUCCUCUUUAUAUAAAGCCUGAUGCUAAUUUUAAGCGCGGGCCUUGUUGUAUAGUAUCGUAGAAAGUUAACAGCAAUUUUAUAUGAGAUGUUUAUUGAUACAAGGUAUCAAAAUUGUUAUUAACUUUCAUGAGUAACACUUUUUAUCUACUUAUUGUAGUAAUAUAAGAAUAGUGACAAUAAUUUUUAUUAAAUAUUCAGUACAAUAAUAUUAUGACAAUAAGAACACGUCGAUUUAGGUAUACAUGUUUGUGAUAAAAUGUUGUAUGUAAUUCUAUAAAGCAAUCAUACAUUUUAAUUACACUUGGCUAUAUUUAAAAGAAUAAUGGAUAAUAUUUUAGGUAUCUACUCGAAUAUACAUAUCUGUUACAUAUAGUACAAGAAGUAAUGGAAAGGAUGUAACAAUCCAAACUCUAUAAUGGCUGUAGGCUUAUUUUUAAUAUAUAUUAAAAAUAUGCACAGGAAAUCAAAAUUUAUAUCAGACUUGAAGAUCAUGAUGAAAAGUCAUGAUUGACUUUUUUCACAAAAUUCUAUCUACCAAAAUCAGCAAAGACUACAUGAAUAGUAAAUAUAUUUUAGCGUAUGAUUCAGAAUUUGUUGUACAUAGAUACUUAUAUAAUAUUAGAUGACCUAUCUGUUAUACUUUUCUUGUUGGUCAAGUGUAUUAGAAUGGAGCAGGGGAAGGGGUUGCUGACUCAGUGCUGUAAUGUACAUGUACAGGUAUAAUGUCAAUGACUAUAUCAAUUUUUAUUAAUAAGCGCAUAAAUAAGGCAAUGGACAUUAUGUACUUAAGGCCUACGCAGUUGAUGGACAUGGUAAACAGCAGAAGACAAAAUUGUGUUAGCGGCCUACUACCAUGUAUAUAUAUAACCCACAUCUGCGUAAACCUUCAAACUUAUCUAAUAAGUACGACUAAAGGCAUGAACAAAAUAGAUAUCUACAUAUAAAAUAGAUAUAAAUGCCUAUUAAAACAUAAAAUAUACAAACAUUUGAUAGCAAUAAAAUCAUUAAAAAUAUAUCAAGUUCAAGAAUUGAACAAGGUACAUCAUAUCAUAUAUCUAUUUACAAGACAAAUAAUAUCAUCACAAGUCAAUAUCUAUACUCAAUCUCAAAUUUCAUAAUAGGUACCACAAAUGAAACAUGUAAAGAUUACAUAACAGUAUAUGCUCAGACUGUAUGAAAUUUAUGGAAAAAUCGACAAUAAUCAACAUAAAAAUUAAUAUUUUUAGAAUACUAGUGACCACAAAUGAAACAUGUAAAAUGUAAUGUAAAAAUUAUAUAACAGUAGGUAUAUGCUCAGACUGUUUGCAAUUUAUGGAAAAAUGGACAAUAAUAAUCGAUACGAAAAUUCAUAUUUUUAGAAUACUAGUUACCAUAAAUGAAAC